AUGUUUAUGCGUUUAGAUAGGUUCCAUAUAAAACUGCCCCCUACAUUCAAGUCCAAGUUUCUUUUCACUAUGACAAAGAAUGUGUUGUGUAUGAAUCCUGGUCCCAUUGAGUUUGAGUCUCGUGUGCUACAAGCCUUUGCCAUGGAAGGCAUUUCUCAUGUUGAUAAGACAGUGAUUGAAAUCUUUGGACAAUGUCUUGAAAAAAUGCGCAAAGCAUUUUUAGCUCCAGAUGGUCAACCACUUAUUGUAGCAGGGUCUGGUACACUUGGAUGGGAUAUGGUAGGUGCUAACCUUGUUAACAAAGACGACCACGUGCUUAUUAUUAACAAUGGUUAUUUUGGAGAUGCUUUUGCCGAAUGUCUAGAGCGCUAUGGUGCCCAGAUAUCUCACAUUCGUGGCCAGAUUGGUGCACAGCCUUCAGUUGAUGAAAUAGAGAAGGUGCUGCAGAGUGGAGUGAGUUUUAAGGUCGUGACAAUUACGCAUGUGGACACGUCAACGGGUGUACGAGCUCAUGUAAAGGAGUUUGCAGCUGCUAUUCGUCGUAUUCAGCCGGAUGCUGUGAUUGUAGUGGAUGGAGUGUGUGCUACGGGUGGUGAAGAGACUCGAAUGAAGCAAUGGGACCUUGAUGUGGUACUCACGGGCUCACAGAAAUGUAUUGGUGUACCUGCUGGAUUAAGUCUUCUUGUUAUUCGUCCACGUGCACUGCAACGAUUUGAAAAAAGUACCUCAACGGUCAAAUAUUAUGUGGACUGGCGCAACUGGCUACCGAUUAUGAAGAACUACGAGGCUCGUCAGCCAAGUUAUUUUGCUACACCGGCUGUGAACCAUUUGUUUGCCCUGAACGUGGCGUUGGAUAUAUUACUCGACAAUGGAGGCAUGGAGCAGCGUUUUAAAGAGCACAAGCUUGUUGGUGACGCCAUGAAGGAGGCCAUGAAGACGCUAGGCUGUUCGCUUGUGACUGUCGAUGACAGUGGAGCGAGUACGUUGACGUGUGUGCGUUACCCUAUUGGUGUAGGUGCGGCUGACUUUUUGCCAAAGGUGGUGAAGCGUGGCGUGUCGCUUGCAGGUGGUUUGCACAAGGCCAUCAAGGUAGAGUAUUUCCGCAUUGGCCACAUGGGUCCAAGCACGCGUCGUCUAGACCACAUUAUAAGGACGGUGGAAGCCAUCGAAGGUGCGUUCAUGGAGUGUGGUCACAAGGUGUCGCAACCUGGUAAAGCAGUCAAGGAUCUAAAGAAGAAGCUUGAGGCAAUUAUUCCUCUCCGUCCAGUAUGCGACUACGCUUCGGUCUACCAUGGCUGUCCUGUACCUCCAAAGUGUCGGAUCUAUUCCAUUGGUACGGUCAUGAUUGCAUUUGCUGCUGGGAUUCUUAUCUCCCAGCUUAAGAGUAAGGCUUAA